CUAUGAUCUGUAGAGUGGUUCUAACAGGAACAGAGGAAGAAGCUUUUCUACUCUGGUGGAAUCCAGUGAAGGUCUGCAUUUGUUCCUCUAUUACUUAGGCUUCUGCUGAGACAUACACAGUGUCUUCUGCUUCCAAGAUGUCCACCCCAGGCCAACUUUUUCUGGUAAUCUGUGCUUUCCUGUGCCUUAUACCUGGAGGUAUGUUUUCUUCUUCUUCCGAGAGUUGGGGAAAGCAUUAUCAACUAAGGGAGAUAGGUUCAAGGCAGGUAGACUGGGCCAAGGGAGAAGGAAAAUGUAACUUAGGUAGAUUCACAUCGAAAUAUGAACCAAACCAAACUUCUCCCUCCUCCAUAGAAUCUCAGCUAAGCCAAUAAAAUGACCCUGAUUCUGUUAUCUGCUGCCGCUUGAUGGAAGGAUUGUUUUUAGCUGACAACUGAAGGAGAGGGAGAGCUAAAGACAACAGUAGUUGCAGUCGAGUGGAUGGAGUGGUCCUGCUUCACAUUUGCACCUUUCCUGCCAACUGCUACAGCCUGCUGAGAUUUAUUUAUUUAUUUAUUUAUUUAUGCAUGCCACUCUCCCUAAUAUUUAAAUUGGAAUGCCAGGGUAGAGGUAUCUCGGUACAGAUACUUUGCAAAUACAGAAUGAACUCAAGCUGUGGUCAAAUCAUGGGCUCCAUCAUCUCAGAGCUGGGGACGGAUGGGUCAAUUUAUUUCCAUCCUGUGCCAACUCCUUUUAAUCCCAUUUGGGGCAAAUUAUGUAAGGAAAAAUCAACCCAGCUUUUCAAGCAGCAAUAUUGAAUAUUCUGAAGAGGUGGUCUGUGGAAUGCCUCUUUCCCUCUUUAGUAUUUUACAGCUGCUUAGAGCAGCUCUGAGGCCAUGUGGCAAAACAAAAUUGUAAUCUCAGGAAUUGACAGUGCUGUCCCUUCCUGGGGAAUGGUAAUGUAGAAAGGGAUGCCUGCCCCUGUGUGCCUAUGGGGGCAGCAAUUGUAAGAUACCAAUACAAGAAAGAAAGAAAGAAAGAAAGAAAGAAAGAAAGGGAAGGGGACAGAAGGAAAGGAAGCUGACCCUGGGCCCAUUACCCCUUUUCCAUUGUCUGAAAGUAAGUUUACAGAUUCAAAAAUCUGAAAUCAGGCAUUUUGAAAAAAAGGUAGUUUUCCAUUUCUUUUUUUUGAAGUACACUGUCUGUGAACAUUCCAUCAAUGUUGUUUUUGUAACCUAGGGGCUGCCAAAGUGUCACCCAUGAGUGGAUAUGCAUCCACAGGCACAUCCCUGGUACCUACGAUAUCCCCUCUCCGCCCCUUGAGGAGGCAAGACUUGAAAGAAGAGCCCUAUUUGUCACCCGUAGACCAGAUAGUGAUGUGUGCUUGGUUGCAAUGUGUUGCCCAUGUCAAUUUUUCUUGUUUAUAAAUAUGUCCAUAGUCCCCAAAGAGUUAACAAUCCUUGUACUAACCUAAGGCAGGGUUUCCCAAACUUGGGGGUCUCCAGCUGUUGUUGGACUACAAGUUGCAUCAUCCCUAAAUAGCAGGAUCUGUGGUCAGGGAUGAUGGGAAAUGUAGUCAAAAAACAAACAGAGGCCCAAGUUUGGGAAACCCUGACCUAAGGGAUUACUUUCUUGUGGAGAAUAUGAAGAUUUCCAACCAAAUGGCUACAAGGCUACCCUCGUUUAUUCACAUGAGACUUUGGUUUUGUCUUUUGGAGCAGAUGCUCUCCAGUGUUCAGUGUGCGUAGCCAUGGAAGAAGGAGGAAAAUGCGAAAUGAGUACCUGUGAAAUUGAUGGUGAAGGACAGUGUAUUGCAUUAAUUGUCUAUAAAGGUAAAAAAAAAAACCACCUGCUAUAAGGUUGUACCUUCUUUGGGCUCCAUGUUCCCUUUCCCCUUAAGUGUCUUUUGGGGGGGGGGGGGCUUAGCGAUUCAAUAAAGGGAAAUAGAAUUCAAUGUGGCACUAAGUGAGGAAUGUGGGGGGUUGAAAAAUUAGAUUCUAGUGAUGCAUUUCAACAACAGAAGAGGUGGGGUCCCUAGAUCCAAAGAGCAGGGCUAGCACACAGAAAGACCCAGCAGGGUUUAAAAUCAUGUCACACUUUGUGCUGUAGGACAGCGUGGGGAUAGGCUGUUAAAGCUGCUUUAAUAUCCCAUUUAAUCCACUAAAGCAGUGGACCCAUUUCUAUCCCUCUUAGCAUUUAAAACACCACACCUUGUUAAGGAAGUUUUCAAAUGCUUUACUUACAGAUGCAAAAGACUGAUUUAUUAUUUGUUCCACGCAGUGGCAAGCAGAAAUCAGGUAGAAUGCUCUUUGGUGGAAAACAUAGAAGUUUAGUUUCAAAAACGCAGUCUGAGCUUGUAGGGAGCAAGCUCAGACACAUUGAAUGGUGGAAGAGAAUGUGGAAAGGAAGAGAAGGCUUGACUUCUUCCCUCACUGGAGAAGACAGUGUGGGACCUCAAUGAUUCUAGAAAACACAGUUUUCUGGUAUUAACCCCUUCAUACACUAACUAGCACUCAUGCACAAUUAUGUUUGACUGCAAUGUCCCACAGUACGCAUGUGGGUAGCAAGGUCUGAUCAUAUAACAAGUAUCCCCCCCACCUUUCCUUCCCAUAUGAACUGCUUAAACCUGUUCUGGGUUUCUGCUAGAGCAGAUUAGGGAGCAGGGGAGGAGUGUGUGCCUAUACCCAGAAUAGCUUUGUUCCCCAAGAGUAAUAAAUUUUGUUUCUUCUUUCCUUCAGUCAUCAGUAUUACCAGACUAUUUAUUUCUUAAGCUCUGCAGAACUCUCAGUAGGGGGCACAGCUCAAAGGAGAGCAGUUUAGAUCUUUUAGGUGAAAUUCAGUUAAUCAUUGUGGUGGCAAUAGUGAUGCAAACAUUCACUCUUUUCUCUCCUCCUUUUUCCUGCUUCCUGUCCCUUUUCUCAGCUGAGGAAGUUUUUGAAAAAAUACUUGGUUGUUCGAAGAAGGCUGAUGUCACCUGUGAUGCAACAAGUGAUGACCCAGAAAAUGGCAUGCAUUAUAAACUCAAAUGCUGUGAUGAAAGUGAUCUCUGCAAUUCCAAGUUUUAAGACUCUGCUCAUUUGCAGACAAUAAAAGCUUAUGCUUUUCAA